GCCACGUAUUCGCUACCACUUUCACUUUCCUCUCAUUAUGUUCGCCCGGAUUUCUUUUGCUUUUGUGUUAGUCUCCGUCGCGGCCUUCUUCUGCGCUCAAACCGCCGAGGCCGCCGCCAAGGGCCCGAGAGUCACCAACAAGGUAUUCUUCGACAUUGCUCAAGGUGAUAAACCGCUUGGUCGUAUUGUCAUUGGCCUCUACGGUGGAACCGUACCCAAGACGGUCGAAAACUUCCGCGCGUUGUCGACGGGCAUCAAAAAGGAUGGCACCGAACUGGGAUACGGAUACAAGGGCUCCAAGUUCCACCGUGUCAUCAAGGACUUCAUGAUCCAGGGUGGUGACUUCACUCGUGGUGAUGGCACUGGUGGCAAGUCUAUCUACGGCGACCGUUUCGCGGAUGAGAAUUUCAAACUCCGUCACACUGGACCCGGAACGCUUUCGAUGGCCAACGCAGGAAAGGACACUAACGGCUCUCAAUUCUUCAUCUGCACUGUGGUUACUAGCUGGCUUGAUGGGAAACACGUCGUGUUUGGCCGAGUUCUCGAAGGAAUGGAUGUUGUACAUGCCGUUGAGAAUGUUGCGAAGGGCUCGGGUGAUCGGCCUCAGGUCGAUGUGAUCAUCGCUGAUUCCGGCGAGCUCCCGGUGGAAGCUGAAACACCUGCUGCUGUCACGGACGAGAAACAGGACACUGCCGGACACGAGACCGCCAAGAUCACUUCGGAGUCGCAUGUUUCGCAGGCCUCUCCCGUGAUUACUAGUGCCAGUGCUACUCUCGAGCACGAGCCAGUGCAGUCGGACGACGGCGAUGUCUCGGAGCCAUCUUUUUUCCAGUUCGUUCUUUUGGUCCUCAUCCUUGCUGGUGCCGGCGGUGCCUUCUUUGUGUGGCUUGGAGGUCUGCGCUGGAUUCGUCGGGUGUUGGGCAUGCAAGAGUCUGGUUACAGCAAAGUGGAAGAGGAAGAUCCAGAGAAGCGUCUGGCUUGAGUCAAGUGAAAUUUUUCUGUAUCUGUACAUAUAAUUAUCGUUCAUCUGCAGUCCCAUCCGCGGUCGUGGUUUGUGGAAGCGGGCCUGUCUUUGGAUCUGAGUGGCAUCAGGUGACUCAUAUCCCAAUACGGUGGCCUAACUCUCCUUUCCUCUUCGACCAUCUCUCGCCGGUUCUACAGUCUCCAGUCUAUCAAUAUCAAGUAUCGCAAAUGACACUGGCUCAUUCUCCUGCGCGUGUAAAGCAGUAUGCUGAUCGCGCAGUGCAAACCGAAUGUCAUGAGCUCCUGGACGCGCACUACUUCAAAGUCGCGACACCACGCGUUGACGGCUCGCCCAAGCCGUAUCCUCUCUCCCACAAGUCAUCCAAGCGUAAAAUCAUGGAAUCGCCUGUGUUUGAAGCCGCAUAUAGUCACUCUCCUCCACAAGCUACACUAGUUGGCCCCACUCGCUCCCCCAGCUCUCGCAAACAUGUGCAACUUCCCUACAGUCGUCCUUCCGCUCAAGUAUACGCCCUUUCUCAGCGCGUCACCUCCCUUCCUGAGCCCUCCAUCCGCAAGACACAGCCCAUCCAUGAAACGCGCCGGGUCUCACUCUCUGAAUACCCCAAUGCCUCGAUUCGCCAUUCGCUAUCUUUCACCGACAACAUGAUAGAAUCCGCUUCUCCCUCUGUAGAAACUUCCUUUGAAACUCGCUCAGGCUCUGUAUCUUCUCGUGCCCGUCGCUCUCUUCCUUCUUCUGAUAUGCCUCACACGCCAUCUCCGCCGUCCUCUCCCGAAUCAGUGAUGAUAAUUGGCAACCAUAUGCAAGUUCCUAUCUCUUUCCUGCAGAAUAAAACCAAGUCCCGAGAUGUGUACGAUGAAAACGGUGGUUGGAUAUCUUGGAGUGAUUCCCCGCCCAAGCCAAUUCCUGCUCUUCACGGGCCGUUAUCCCUUCCUUAUGCGCGAUGCCCGUCUGGGGCUGAGGGCACCAUCAUCGAAGGGGAGGACCUCUCCCGUAUGAUCUGGGGUCUCGGCCUCGAGGACCCUGGAAAUCAGACCACUCAUUCUCGGACGAACUCGGCACAUGUCGGUCACUCUAGGACCGCUUCACUCGGAGCUCGUGGUCCAGUUCAGGCAGAGCAAAAAUCUCGGCACUACUCCGUCAACGACUGGAUUCCGAUGCCUGACGAGAAUGAAUGCGUGUUCCCGCGUGACAAGCAGGGCGGAUUGGGAUUGGAUCUGCGGAAAGCUCUCAAGCCUCAGCCUGUUCUCGAAUCGACGAAUCAACGCAUCGUUGCUCUCAAACCCUCUGCGCCUGCUUUCAUUCCUGCCAGCCUGCAAGAGAUCUCACCUCGAAUCUUUGUGGAACCUCGCGGCGGUCACACCAUUCAACCUAGUCUUCGUCUGUCGGCGUUCGAGCUUGCGCAGCAAUUUCAGCGUGCUCAGAAUACAUUACCGACUCCUCCACCGUCAUCUUCCCCUCAAUGGUCUCCUCAGCUGGCGCAGCCACAGAUGAGUUACGUUGAUCCGUUCCCACCACUAGAUAUCCAUGCGCUGGUCCCGUUCAAGCCUGGUCGUCCAUUAGCACCUUUUUCACCAGGGGAUUUUGGGUCGCCACCGCCACCAGGCCCACCCCCCAAUACGCCUUUGCCGGCUUUGCCCGUGUCAGGCCAGCCGUCGCCGAGAGUUCUUGGUCGCAUGCCUCGCUCUGUCCCGUUCGCGCGGAUGCUGCAACGCCGGCUGUCGGCUGUGCCUGAGGAGGAAGGUGUUCGCUCCCCGCCACCGUCUCCACCAAAGCUGGGAGGCCCACCCCGACUUUCUCGCCCACCUCGGGCACCGUCACAUGCAACGGAAGAUGCGUUCAAACCCCGUUCGCAAUGGAAGCACAACAGCAACAAAGGUGUCUCACGUGAUCGCGAAGAGAGUAAGGAGAACGAUCACUACAAAGAAAGGAACAAGACCCGCGUCGGUCGUAAACUGAAGGUGUGA